AAUCCGAUUUUACAUGUUAGAGACAGACUGUUUCAUACAUUAUUUUGUAGAAUUGCUAUCACUUACGCAAGAGCUUUUCCCAAACCACUAAGAAGAUUCCUGGAAUUUGCAAUUUUGGUAAAGGCAUUGGUAGUGUUAGGAACGCUGGUCUAUAUUCAUAUAGUGUUUGCUCGAACACCUAUAAACUGCUUACAAAGUGUACAGAAAACCUGGCCGAGGCAUGGUAUAUUGAGAGUAGAAAUUGUAAAUAAUGCAUCUGAUAAUUAUAGUAUUAUUAAUUCGUAUGAGAAGGAAUAUUCAGAUUAUCAGUUUAUAUCUGACAGUGAUCUAGGACCUGAGUUAACUCUAGCAUCUUCUCAAUCGUGGAAUGAAACAGAUUUUGAUAGUGUCACAAGUUCUGAUAGUGGUAAUGAUACUGAAACUGAAAUUAGACUUGAAGACAUAAUAGUAUGGCCAGAAGAGAAAUAUAUUGUAGAAUAUGCCCUUGAAUAUGGUUUUUUACGUUUAUCACCCAAAACUAGAAGGCGUCUAAAUAUAUCAGUUAUGCUGGUUACAUUGGAUCCAUCAAAAGAUGAAUGUUUUGGUGAUGGUUUUAGUCGAUUUUUGUUAGAAGAAUUUCUGGGUUAUGAUGAUAUUUUAAUGUCUAGUAUUAAGCAAUUAGCAGAACAAGAAGAAAAUAAAGGUUUUCUACGAAAUGUUGUAACUGGUGAACACUAUAGGUUUGUUAGCAUGUGGAUGGCGAGAAGUUCCUAUGUAGCUGCUGCAUUUAUUAUGCUAGUUUUUACAAUAUCAGUAUCAACACUACUAAGAUAUUCUCAUCAUCAAAUCUUUCUGUUUAUUGUUGAUUUAUUACAAAUGUUAGAAAUGAAUGCCAGUGUUGCUUUUCCUGCUGCACCAUUGUUAACAGUUAUAUUGGCUUUAGUUGGAAUGGAGGCUAUAAUGUCUGAAUUUUUUAAUGAUACCAGUACAGCAUUCUAUAUCAUUCUUAUUGUUUGGGUAGCUGAUCAGUAUGAUGCUAUAUGUUGCCAUACAUAUAUUAGUAAACGACAUUGGCUUAGAUUUUUCUACUUGUACCAUUUUGCAUUUUAUGCUUAUCAUUAUCGGUUUAAUGGACAGUAUAGUGGUUUGGCUUUAUUCACAUCAUGGUUAUUUAUUCAGCAUUCUAUGAUAUAUUUUUUCCACCAUUAUGAAUUGCCUGCUAUUCUUCAACAAGCUCGUAUACAAGAAAUAAUACAACAAGGUGGAAAUAAUGAACAACCUGGGGGAAACGGCAAUAAUAAUGCCAGUAAUAUGAAUACUAAUUCAGGAAAU